UGUCCGCGUACGAUUUUUCUUCCCUUCAGGUUGUUCAUUCGUUCGUCUCGUUUGACAUUGCCAGCUCCGUCAGCAGUCUUUAGACAGGGUUUUUCGGCCGUAUUAUAUUUCGCUCCGCCGUCGUCCGUCACCGAUCACUGUUCCGCACAAUAUGGCGUUGUGCAGACUAGUGGGCAUUUCCAACGAAAUGUCGCUGAACAACAUCAGGCGAGCCCUGACAACAGGUCAUCGAUUAUUGAGCCAAGAUUUACACACUUCAUCUAAAGUUGUUGAUAAUAUUUUAGUUAUUACCUUAAAUACUCCAAAUUCAAAAGUAAAUUCUUUAUCUCGAGAUGUAAUGAAUGAGUUACAAACUAAUUUAGAUAAAGCCAGUCAAGAUUCAACAAUUAAUGGAAGUGUAAUCAUAUCGGGUAAACCCAACUGUUUUAUUGCUGGAGCUGAUAUAUCUAUGUUGCAAGCAUGCAAGACAGCUGAAGAAGUUCAUAAAAUAUCUCAGGAUGGUCAAAAAAUGCUUAAUCAAGUUGAAAAAUCAAGCAAACCUGUUGUUGCAGCUAUUAUGGGAUCUUGUUUAGGAGGUGGUCUUGAAGUUGCAAUGGCUUGUCAUUAUCGCAUUGCUGUAAAAAGUAAGAGUACAGCUCUUGGACUGCCUGAGGUUAUGCUAGGAUUAUUACCUGGUGGUGGUGGUACACAACGUUUACCGAAAUUGGUAUCUAUGCCUACUGUUUUAGAUAUGGCAUUAACAGGUAAAUCAUAUAGAGCUGAUAAAGCUUUAAAAGUUGGUUUGGUUGAUCAACUUGUAACACCACUUGGACCAGGCUUAACUACACCAACUGAAAGAACAUUAGAGUAUUUAGAGGAAGUUGCUAUUGAUGCAGCCAAAAAAUUAGUUGCCGGUCAAAAAUUAACAAAAAGAAAUAAAAAUAAGACUUUACUAGAUAGUGCAAUUGACUUAGCGCUAAAACAAGAGUGGCUACGAGAAAAAUUUUUUGAUAGUGCCAAGGGCAAGGUUUUAAAAAUGACCCGAGGUUUAUAUCCUGCUCCAUUAAAAAUAAUUGAUGUAAUAAAGACUGGAGUUGCUGAAGGUACUACUAAAGGUUAUGCAACAGAAAGUAACGGUUUUGCUGAAUUAGCUAUGACACCACAAAGUAAAAGUCUAAUUGGAUUAUUUCAAGCUCAAACUGAAUGUAAGAAAAAUAAAUUUGGAGAGCCUAAAAUUGCUUUGAAGACUGUUGGUGUUCUUGGUGCUGGACUAAUGGGUGCUGGAAUAGCUCAUGUAUCUAUCGAUAAAGGUUAUCAUGUAGUACUUAAAGAUACCAAUAAAGAAGGUUUAGCUAGAGGAGUUGCACAAAUUGAGAAAGGUUUAACAGGCGCAGUUAAACGAAAGAAAUUGACAGAGAUAGAAAAAAAUAGGUAUAUAUCUGAUUUGACAAGUACUUUGUCAUAUGACUCUUUUUCAAAUGCUGAUAUAAUCAUUGAAGCUGUAUUUGAAAAUAUUAAGAUUAAACAUCAAGUAAUUAAGGAAAUUGAACAAGUUGUACCGAAGCACUGUAUAAUUGCUACUAAUACUAGUGCUAUACCAAUUGGAAAAAUAUCAGAGGGUAGUAGCCGUCCAGAAAAUGUCAUUGGAAUGCAUUAUUUCUCUCCUGUUGACAAAAUGCAACUCUUAGAAAUUAUAACAACUGAUAAAACUUCUAAAGAAACUGCUGCUGCUGCAGUGUCUUUAGGUUUAAAACAAGGAAAAAUUGUCAUUGUUGUUAAGGAUGGACCUGGAUUCUACACAACACGUAUCUUAUGUGCUAUGUUAUCUGAAGCAAUGCGACUAUUGCAGGAAGGCGUAAGCCCCAAACAAUUAGAUACAAUUACUAAAAGUUUUGGAUUCCCAGUUGGUGCUGCAACAUUGUCUGAUGAAGUUGGUAUUGAUGUUGGUUAUCAUAUCGCCGCUGAUUUAGCCAAAGCUUUUGGUGAACGAUUCGGUGGUGGUGAUAUCAAUGUUUUAAAAAGCAUGGUAGACAGUGGUUUCUUAGGUCGGAAGUCUGGUAAAGGUUACUUUGAAUAUAGAGCUGGAACCAAAAGUAGGCCAGAAAAUCCUGAAGCAAUAAGUUUAUUAGAAAAAUAUAAAUUGGAACCAAAAGGUGAUCAAUCGGUUGAAAAUCAACAGCUACGUAUUGUGUCCAGAUUUGUAAAUGAAGCAGUGUUAUGUUUACAAGAUUCAAUUCUUAACAGUCCGACUGAAGGUGACAUUGGUGCUGUAUUCGGUCUUGGAUUCCCACCAUUUUCUGGUGGUCCAUUCAGAUGGGUCGACUGGUAUGGAGCUGAUAAAUUAGUGGAAAAAAUGCAAUCAUUCCAGGACAAUUAUGGUCUCCCAUUUCAACCAUGUCAAUUAUUGUUAGAUCAUGCAAAGGAUAAAUCAAAGAAAUUUUAUUCCUCUUAACCUAUGAACAACAUAUUGUAAAUUACAAAAGAAUUAAAAAUGGGUUCUUUUAAAUUGA